AUGAAGAUUGCUGCUCUGGUCCUUGCAUUCGCCGCUGUGGCCUCGGCCGUGCCCCUUACCCGCCGUGAUGAGAUCGCCCACUGCGGUAACGGCGGCGACAUUGAUGUGAGCCAGAUCAUGUGGCAGGUGCAGCAGGCGCCGCGUGAGAACCGCCACUCGGGCUACCCCCAUCAGUUUAAGGACUAUGAGGGCCUGCCUAUGUCGAGUGCCUGUGACGAUGCCUCGAUGAUGCUGGAGCUGCCCGUGUUCGCUGACGGCCACCCGUAUAACCUGGAGCAGGGCGAGAGCCCCGGCGCGGUGCGUGCCAUCUACUCGAUCGACGACAAUGCGCUGUGUGCCAUUGUCGCGCACGACACGAACGACUCGAACUUCCACCUGUGUGACAUGUGA